AAAACUGCUGCAUCUGUAAUGGACUCAUGUUGAGGAAGGAGUGAACUGGAAUCAACAUGUCUGUGUAUGUGUAAUUCUCAUUCUACACUCCUAGCCAAGUUCUAGUGUCCAGCUAACCCUUCCCCAUCUACCAGGGAUAAGGGUCUUUGGUCUUUCACUGUGUGUUCUGGUCCUGUUGUGAGCACUUCAGGUAAAUGCCUGUGCCCAUAAUGGAGGCAUUACUCCGAGCCCGUCGGGCUUUGAAGAGAGCUGUAACAGGCGAUGAAGAUGGUGGAGGCCUUGCAGCAGCAGCUGCAAGCGAAGCACCUCCUGUUGGAGAUGUGACUCAGGUAGCAGCAGAAGCAGGGGGGUCCACAGAAGCGCCAACAGGCAUAGGAAAGCUGGAAGCCAUGUUUUGGGAAAAUGUAAAUAAAUUGCCUCUGUGGGCGAUCAUCCUGAUAUGUGCUGGUGCACUGCUGUUCCUGCUGUGUUGCACCUACUGCGUGUGCAAGCGAUGCUGCUGCAAGAAGCGAAAGAAGAAGGAAGGCAAGAAGGGGCUGAAAGGGGCUGUCGACCUGAAGAGUGUACAGUUGCUAGGCAACUCCAUCAAGGAGAAGGUGCAGCCAGACUUGGAUGAGUUGAAUGUUAACAUGGAGGACAAUGAGGACAAUGAGAGUACCAAGUCGGAGGUGAAGCUGGGCAAACUGCAAUUCUCUCUGGACUAUGACUUCCAGAAGGGAGAGCUGUCUGUAGGCGUCAUCCAGGCUGCUGACCUCCCCGGGAUGGACAUGAGUGGCACAUCGGACCCUUACGUCAAGGUUUACCUCCUCCCAGACAAGAAGAAGAAAUAUGAAACUAAAGUCCAUCGAAAAACAUUGAACCCAGUGUUCAAUGAAACCUUCACAUUUAAGGUUCCAUAUGCUGAAGUGGGGUCCAAGACACUGACCUUUGCUGUCUAUGAUUUUGAUCGCUUCUCUAAACAUGACCAGAUAGGCCAGGUUCUUGUGCCACUUAACUCCAUCGACCUGGGUCGGGUGGUUGAGGAGUGGAGGGACCUCACCAGUCCAGACAAUGAUGCUGAGAAGGAAAACAAACUAGGAGACAUCUGCUUCUCUCUACGUUAUGUCCCAACGGCAGGCAAGCUCACUGUGGUCAUUUUGGAGGCUAAGAACCUGAAGAAGAUGGAUGUUGGUGGUCUGUCAGAUCCUUAUGUUAAGAUCUCGCUGAUGUCAAACGGCAAACGCAUUAAGAAGAAAAAGACAACAAUCAAGAAGUGUACACUCAACCCUUACUAUAAUGAAUCAUUUACAUUUGAAGUGCCAUUUGAGCAGAUCCAGAAAGUGACCCUGAUAAUCACAGUGGUUGAUUACGACAGGAUCGGUACCUCUGAGCCCAUUGGUCGUAUUAUGCUUGGGUGCAACUCCACUGGCACAGAACUCCGUCACUGGAGUGACAUGCUGGCCAACCCUCGCCGACCCAUUGCCCAGUGGCAUACGCUACAAGAAGUGCCCGAGAAGAAUUAAGGCACCCCCACAAACGUCAACACUGGCCAGCAGCAGCAGUCUGUUCAGCAGAUUAUGACUAUCUUACAUCUGAUCAGUCAAAAGUGCUAGUCUAUAUCAUGUUUCAGUGGCAACAACUCCCAAUUCUAUCAGUUUUGUCGAGUCUACUCUGACAUUAAUAUCAACAUAUUUGUCUGGUAAAGUAAUGUGUUGGGUCUGUGGUUCCUAUUGUGUAUCAGUAGUAUACAUACUUGGUUACAUGCAGGCAAGUGCGACACCUGCAAACUCUUACAAGACGGUUCUCACCUGAUUGACUAACCCAGCACUGAUGGAUGGUAAUAGCCACAUGCUAGGCCAGCUAGGGGAGUUGGUAGUGCACAAUGUGUCUGGGUGAUGGUAUUAGUUAUAUUUCUGACCAGAUAUCUCUCAGUCUAUAGUGUAUAUAACCAGAUAGUUUCAGCCAAACUAGGACUUGUGGUUGAUGUAGCUGGAUGGCACAUCAUGACGUAGGCACAUAGGACUGUGUUUCAGAUGACUUAAUUAACUGUUUACAAAUAGCAGGUCACAACACUAAGAGUAAACAUUAACAAAACGUGAAAUCCAAUCAAAAUUUCAAUUCUUGCUGCAUAAAUUAUUGUGUAGGGUGUUACAGUUUGGCCCAGGGUUUGUAUUGGACAUGAUUUGUGCCAGAAUAGGUGUAACAUCCUUUCCUCAGUCUCUCUGUUAGCAGGGGAAACUACAAACCCCAACAUGUAGUCCAAGUCCAUUAAUUUAAAAAUAUACAAAUGGACAUCUGCUUGUGAAAAUCCACUCUUAAGCAUACGAGUGGAAUCUUGUGCACAUGCUGUUCAUGUGAUGCACAACACAGGUAUUUGCUCUACUGAUCAUACAGCGGUAAGCAGCAGUGUAUACAUUGUUAUAUUUCAAUGUGUCCUGAUUAUAGUGGCAGUUCUAAAACGUUCAAUGGCAAUGUAUACAGUGUACUGUGGCAAGGUAUACAGUUUUAUGGCAAUGUAUUCAGUGUUCAUGGCAAUAUAUACAGUGUUCAAAGACAGUGUAUACGCUGUUCUGAAGAAAUGUAUACAAUGUCCAAAGGCAAUGUGUACACAGUUCUGAGGGUAUAUGUACAGUAUUCGGAGGCAAUGUGUACAAUAUUCUAUGGCUGUGUAUACAUUGUUAAGUGUCAAUGUUUACAGUGUUCAAAGGCAGUGAAAAUAGAUUUCGGUGGCAAUUUGCACAGUGUUCACAAACAAUGUAUAUAGUGAUCAGAGGCAAUGUAUACAGAUUUCAGUGGCUAUGUAUAAUGUAUACAGUGGUAUAUAACAAUGUAAACAUCCUUCCAUGAAUGACAGUGUCACCAAGAUUCUAACUUUGGGCUGCCUAAAUAUAAGCAUCUCAAAUAUCCCACUCGGCACUUGAAUGUUUCCAUCAUGGAUUAUUUUUGGAUUAGUGGACUUCUCCUUCGUUGUACAUAUAAAUCCUGGUGUCUAAUUAGACUGUUUUAACAGGCUAAUCUUGGUUCUUUGCUUUCGUUCUCCCCAAGUUGUUAUUGCAGAGCUUUAGUUACAUUUGUCGAAACCUAUUGAUCUGAAACAUCUUAAAUUUGUGCAUUUAUGGAUCAUAUACAUGUACUAUUUUUCUUUCCUGACCUUUAAUCAGCUAAUCUCUAUUUUGGCCUGUCUAAUAGUCAGCUAAUCACUGUUAAGUCUUCAAAUGUUUGUAAAGCUCUGCCAUUUAGAAAUGUGAUGUUCUCACGUAGUGUCAUCAUUACUUACAACGUGUGUGCACUCUUCAUAUUUCACUGUGAUAAAUGUAUAAUCUCGUUAAAGAUGGUUGAUAUUUAUGUAUAGUAGAGAGAUUAUUAUGUUUUGUUUUAUUCUACUUGAGGGAAGACAAAGGGAAUAAGGGAAGAUAAAGGAUAUAACUGCAUUCAGUGAUACCUGGUUCAAAAUUGAAAUCAAAUGUAUAUGUUAUGAGAUUGGCUUUGAGAACAGGAUUGAAAGCAUUGUUUUAUUUCUCAGGAAAUGUCUUUUGUGUUUUUAUUGUGGCAUUUACUCUAUGUUUGUGUUGCCCAGUAGUAAGUGGUUGUUAUCUUUCACCUGUCUGUAGUCUCAUCAUUAUCUUGUGCUUUUUCUGUCGUACUGAAAAAAAAAGAUCAUAUACACUUCCUGUUAACAUCACUAAAAAGGGAAAAAACAUAUUGAUCAACAUUUCCUGUUUCAUUUAACUUGAAUAUUUUCAGUCCACUAAAGAAAAGCUUUUGUUGCAAGUGAGUUCAAAUUUGUUUUCUCAUACAUUCCAGUUUACUUAGUAAGACAUUGUAGUCCAAAUUCUCUCAUUACUUGAAAGGGAAAAUUCAGACAGCAAUAAAUUCCAUAAUAUUGAAAUCAAAUAUAGGAAGAAUCUUUUUCAGUGCUAAUAGUAUUAAUUACAUACACAUAUGCUAAACAGACUUGAGCUGUUGUAUUGCUGUUCUCAUAAACAUUUACAAUUUUAAGAUUUGCAUUUACUGUUGGACAUUUUUCCAAAGAGUUUUAAAUGAAAUGUUGAGAUAAUUUUCUUUUAUUUGUUUUUGAAAGCCAUAUCAUGAUGUAUAGGCGUCUGGUGCAACCUAGCUUCUGUAUUGAAAAUGUUGACACAUUCCAAAACGAGCAUUCCCUUCCUUCAAUUGUAUGUCAGUGGCUGGAUAUGAUAUACCCCUUGGGUAGAAAUCAGACCCUGCCAAUAACAGUUUCAUGUCACUUGGUCCGACAGAUUACAUACCUACAGCCUGUAGAGCUCCUAACACUACACCUACAAACACCUCCACAUUCAGCCACUGACAGCAGCAGCAUUCCACAACUUAUGCCAGCUGGGCAUAAUUUUCUGUGUAAAUAAGCAGUUCCCCUUUGUGCUUCUUAUUUGCAAUGAUUUUACUAUGAUCUCUGUUGAAGCAUUUUCCUUCUGAGAUCUUCAUCUAGAAUCCUAAUAUCUGUCACAAUACUGACAAAACAUCAAUGCAAUGAUGAUCACAAGGCUACCACAGUUUUAGGUAUUUACCUUCAGUGUCACAGGCACCAUCAUGCCUGUCUAUGUAUUGGGUAAAGUAACUACAAGCCAAGGUCACACAAGCAGUUGCUCCAUUCUAGGCCUCUGUACAAGGCAGUCUUAAUUUAUAGUUCUCUUUGGCAAACUGUGUACAGCAAUUGUUGUAUUUUUGGUCAAAUAAAGCCAGGUACCCCAUCAAACGA